AGAUGCUUUUAAAUAUAUAAUUCAAACAUGUCAAUAUAGUCUUGAUGAAAGUCUUACAAGUGUUAUACUGCCAUGUUUUAAAUAGGGCAUGAAUAUAAUCUCUAUCACAGGGAUAUGUUAGCCUAGAAUCUACUCACGUUAUUCUCCGUCUCAGCAAAAACACAAUGAAUGGAGUUGAAGACUUUGGGUGGGCUAUUUCUGUGGGGGCUUCACAUAUAUGGUGUGGCCCGAGAUUCAUGACUCCUGUAGCUCAUCAAUACCAUCUUAACAUAUGUGUAGCGUUUGCAGUGAGUGAUGUUGUUAGUGCCAAGUUGGAAAUGCAAUCCCCUAGAUCUUUACGGGUUGGUGCAAUAAGUUUCUCCAAACAAGAGAUUCUGGAAUGCCUACCCAUUGUAGGAUAUGGCACCACUUUUCUCAAAGUUUACAACUAUCGACAAGGACUAGCCAUAGCUUUUAUUCUGGAUUGGGACUGGAUUGAGACAUAUGAGGCGGCCAGUGCUUUACAACAUCAUACCUUGACCGCAACAAUGGUUCAUUAUCCUAGCUUCGCAAAUCGGGGUUUUCAAUGGAUGUUUAUGACCCUCCGUCAUAUGAAGCUCCAACACGUAAUGAUGAUGGAAGUGAAGCGUGGCACGCGGUACUGGUCGUUGGUUAUGGCGUCUCGCUGUAUGGCGAAUCUUACUACAUCAUAAAGAAUUCCUCUAGAGUUGGCUGGGGUGCAAAUGGCUACACACGCAUGGCCGUAGAUACAUUGUUUUCCUUUGCUCAACCAGGACGUGUAAUAGUGUAUUAAGGUACAUAGAAUUUAGAGGCUCCGAGUGCCACAAUAUUUUUAACGUAGCCAUGCUACAAUUUACAUUGUCUAAAUAGGGUAUAAAGUUAAUCGGUUUGGUCUAGUUGGGGUUCGGUUCGGGUUAUUCGUCUUUGAAAUUAAUAUAGACAAAUCGAUCGAGCAAAUAUAUUACG